CGAUUAUCUGCGGUCUCGCCACUUCAACUCUCCUAGCUUCGCUGGAGCAAACAGUUGUAACUACUGCGGCACCGCAUAUUUUGCAAGACCUUGACAUGAAAGAGAACUUUAUCUGGAUUACAAAUUCGUUCUUCAUUUGCGCGACGGCAUUAACCCCUCUAUUUGGGCAGUUGUGCGACAUCUUCGGACGGAGAUGGGUGUUUUUAUCAAUAGUCGCUCUCUUCACACUAGGCAGUGGAAUUUGUGGUGGAGCGACUAGUGUUAGCAUGCUCAUCGCAGGCCGUGCGAUUCAGGGUGCCGGUUCUGGUGGAAUAGUUCUUACAGUUAAUAUAAUCGUCUCUGAUUUGUGUCCUCUCCGAAAACGCGGUCAAUAUAUGGCCAUCAUCUUGGCUAUAUUCGGUAUUGGAGUAGCUCUCGGCCCAUUUAUCAGAGGUGUGAUUGCAGACUCUACAACGUGGCGUUGGGUUUUCUGGAUUAACCUUCCGAUUGGUGGUGUUUCAUUUGUUAUUAUGUUUUUUCUCCUGCGACUGAGCUAUAAGGACGAUAGAUCUCUCAUGGAAAAGAUUAAGCGUAUUGACGUUGUGGGAAACGCUAUUCUCAUGGCAGGUACUGUGGCCAUUCUUUACUCACUUACCUAUGCUGGGUCAAUCUAUUCGUGGUCAUCUUGGCAUACCUUAGUUCCCUUGAUUUUGGGAUUCCUUGGUUUUGCACUAUUCGCAAUUUUUGAGACCAGUGGUUUUGCUCCAGAACCUGUCAUGCCGAUCCGACUUUUGAAGCAUCGAACAUCCAUUAUCGUUCUUAUCAAUACUUUCCUCAACUCUAUGGUUUAUUUAUGGUAUUUAUAUUACCUUCCUGUUUAUUUUCAGGCUGUGGCUCUAUACUCUUCUAGCCGCGCAGGUUACUCUCUAAUUCCACAGGCUCUGGCCGGCCUCCCAGGCGCUAUUAUUGCGGCUAUCUCACUGAGUCGUUGGGGUAAAUUCAAGUCAAUCCACUUUGUUGGAUUUGCGUUCACUACCUUAGGAAUGGGUUUGUUUUCAAUGGUGGGACUACACACUUCAGUCGCUGAUUGGGCUGUUUUUCAAAUCAUUACUGCCCUUGGCAUUGGUAUUGUGAUCGACACUCUUCUACCUGCCUUCCAAGCGCCAGCCUCCGAGCAGGACCAGGCCAUGGCAACUUCAACAUGGGGCUUCUUUCGUGCAUUUGGUUCUAUUUGGGGUGUCUCUAUUCCAGCUGCAAUUUUCAACAAUCGCAUUGAGGAGAAACUAGAUACUAUAUCAGAUGCAAGGGCUCGCGAGUUGCUCGGCGGUGGCGGCGCCUAUCAGCAGGCUUCAGCUGCCUUCGUGACGCAAUUCUCCCCAGAGGUGCAACUUGAAGUUCGCGAGUUAUACGCAUCGGCUCUGGACCGCUCUUUCUGGGUUGGUGCAAUCUUUGCUGGUUUGGCGUGUGCCAUGGUCCUCUUGGAACGUGAGGUUCCGCUGAGAAAGGAGCUUGACACCGAGUAUGGAUUGGAAAAGCCGAACGAUAAUACCCAUACAGAUUCUGAAAAGGCCUUUAAUACUGAAAACUGAAAUACCA